UACCCCAACUAAGUUAGAAUACUUUAGGCAAGAGUUUUCCAUCCCAUCCGACGUUCACCUGAGGUUGGCUGGUGAGGACGACUCCAUCAUGCCUGAUGGAAACCUCAUGCCUUUCCCUGUCGUUGCAUUACAGAAUGUGGACUUAGGUUUCCACUAGACAUCCUUUUUUUGAGAAGUCCUUCAUUAUUACAAAUCAAAACCCAAUGCAGCUUGUCAUUAACUCUUACCGAGUUAUCAAUGGUAUAAUUGCCUUAGCACGCCGAGAAAAAGCUAGGGUAACCUUAGCCGACAUUCAAUACUGCUAUACCAUGUGUGGCCUCAAGUUAGAAAAAGGCUACCUCUACUAAUUCAAACCGAGGUCCACUGAAUACAAACUUAUUGCCGACCUCCCAGACUCCAACAAGGGAGCCGGGGACGAUUACUUCAUUGUCUCAGGCAAUUGGGAGUUUGCUCUAGAUGAGGACCUUCACCUCUACUCUCUUAGCCGAACAGUAUUCAUAGAGGGUAAUGGUAAGAGCCAAGUGUCAUAUUUUUUCUAAGUCUUUAAUACUUUGUUCUUUCUAUAUGUUCUAAUGUCUAUUUUUCUUGCAGCUCUUCCACAGCCACCAAAAGACUUCCGUAAGUCCUUCCCCAGCAAGGAUCUUAAAAAGUUGUUGGAUCUGCCAGUCCAUAGGUGGAGAGCUCCUCUGCUGCUCAACUUUAUCCCGACUUACAAGUCGGUACUUCCCGACGUCCCAAGGAAGCAGAAAAGCAAGUUUCCUCCUUCCGUCACAACUCCACCAACAACUUCAUCAUCUCGGCCAGAUUAGGGGUCAACCUCAGAUCCAGCAGAGCAGCUAUCUACCUCGGCUCCACAACUGAUCCCACCAUCCCAACGCCGAUGCCGAAUAGUAACUGUCGCCGAGAUGGGUCGCAAGAAAGCAGUUGCAGACGAUCUUCUGGCCGACAUCCCUGACACAGUCAACGCUCAACCCUCUCAUUUGCAAUCUCAACCGAAGCUAAAGCCCAAAAGGCUGAAGAAGGCUCAACCCAAAGCAACGGUGACUCAGAUUGACACUGAGGAUACCUUGCCAAUUUCAAAAUUGGCCAAGAGCGAGAAGACCCCCUUUGCUGCCAAGAAAAGGCCUGCCGAGGUCGAACCAUCCCAAUUAACUCGGUCAAAGAGGCAGAGGUCCGAGUCGGCCACAACCUCAGGGCCCAUGAAAUCAGAUGCCCCCUAGGCUUCUCCAAUCACCAUCGAGGACAAGCCGGUCAGAGCCAGCAAUAACGCGACUGACCUCAAAGUCGGUGUUGCCCUCUCUACGACUUUGCUCCUUCCCAAUGAUCUCAACCACAUCGCCGAGAUGAGCGAAUAUGAAAAUUUUGCUCUAAUGUUGCAGCAUUCUGUACAAGCGAUUCAGCAUGGCUACUCAUUUGCGAUGUAGGCCUUUGCCAUCAACAAGGAGUUAGUAAAUAAAACCAAGGAGGCUGCAAGCUUAUAGAAGGCCCUUAACAAGGCUGAGGCAAAGAUGAAUACCUUGGUAGAUCAGGCCGAGGUGACCAAGAAGGCUCAGGAUGAGGCCGAGGAGAAGGUUGAUGCUGCAGAGGCCAUUGUCAAGGUCCUUACGGCCGAAAAGAAAGAGGCCGAGGAAAAGAUGGCCGAGGCUCAAAAAGAACUCCAGGAUGCCUUGGCCACAAAAGAGGCUGAGAUCAAGGCCACCGAUGAAAAGGCAUACGCCGAGGGGAUGGUCGACAUCAAGGAGGAUUACAGAAAACAAGUGAAGCAGGCAUGCAACAGGGGUUUCACCCUUGGUUGGAUGGCUGCCCUUAAAAAGUUGGACGUCCCCAAGGACUCUCUCCUCAAAAAUGCCGGCGACCUUCCCCUGUCAUUCCCCCUUACUCCAAGCCAAUCCGAAGAUGAUUCUGAGUCCGAGAAGGAAGCUUUGGUCAGGAAGAAGAAGAAAGCUGCUGGGGCCAAGUCCCCUACUCUGAAUGAUCAAGUCGUAGACUUGUCUCAGGAUGAGGAGGGUGAGGUUUCCAAAGAUGCCACUCCUGAGAGGACAACAUCCGGACGUGCCUGUUGCCGACAAGAACGUCGACCAGACUCUCAAAGAGAUCGACGCCGAGCUCGCGGUUGAGAAAGCCGCCGAGAAGAGUUCUCAAAUGUCUUCCGAGCCCCAAACCAAUGCUGAUGCCGAAUAGUCUAGUCUUUGAUGUUUUUCUUCUAUACUUGGCACUUUUUAUUACUUAUUUAUUUAUUGAAACAAUGUAAGCUCUUUAUUUGGCCGAUGUGCUUUCUUGUAAAUACAACUUCCUCUUUUGAAUGCUUG